GUGUCUACUGUGCAGGGAGUUGUGUGGGAAUGAUGGCGUCUUCUGUAGCUCGCAGAUCCUCACGCUGGAUUACUGUGAUCGUGUCAUCUGGACAUUGCAAUGCCACGGCCCCUAAUGUUUGUAAAGCUAUUGGAGCUGCCCGUAGUUUUUCUACUUUGGGUCCAGAAAAACUUUGGCGUGGAGGAACAGCGAGAUGUGCUGGACCAGGGAAAGGGUUGACAUUGAGAGGGUUGUCGGGAUUAAAAUUUCCUAAUGCCAUGUACACACUGUCCUUCCACACAAGUGCCACCACCAGCAAUAAGCAAGACUUCUAUCAGGUCUUGGGUGUCCCUCGUACAGCAACCCAAAAGGAAAUCAAGAAAGCCUACUAUCAGAUGGCCAAAAAGUACCAUCCUGACACCAACAAAGAUGACCCUCAAGCCAAGGAAAAGUUUGCACAGCUCGCUGAAGCUUAUGAGGUGCUAAGUGAUGAAGCCAAGAGGAAGCAGUAUGAUACAUAUGGGUCAGCAGGCUUUGAUCCCAACCAGGGUGGUGGAGGCCAGCGGUACUGGUCAGGCCAGACCAGUAAUGUGGACCCAGAAGAACUUUUUCGCAAGAUUUUUGGUGAAUUUUCAGGUGGACGUGGCUUUGGCGACUUUAAUGCUAUAUUUGAUCAGCCACAAGAGUACAUCAUGGAGUUGACAUUCAAUCAAGCAGCAAAAGGUGUCAACAAAGAAAUGUCAGUUAACAUAGAUGCUGCCUGUCAAAGGUGUGAUGGCAAGGGGCAUGAGCCUGGCACAAAGGUCCAGCACUGCCACUAUUGUAACGGCUCUGGAAUGGAGACUAUAAAUACAGGCCCAUUUGUUAUGCGGUCCACGUGUCGUCGCUGUGGAGGAAAAGGUAGCAUUAUUUCUACACCCUGUGGCAUUUGUCGUGGAACAGGACAAACCAAACAGAGGAAGACAGUCAUGGUUCCUGUUCCAGCAGGGGUUGAAGAUGGUCAGACAGUUAGAAUGCCAGUGGGUAAAAAAGAGAUUUUUAUCACAUUUAGGGUUCAAAGAAGUCCAGUAUUUAGAAGGGAUGGAGCGGACAUACAUUCUGACCUUUUCAUCUCUGUGGCACAAGCUAUUCUUGGAGGAACAGCCAGAACACAGGGCUUAUAUGAAACUUUAAAUCUAUCAAUUCCUGCCGGUUGCCAGGCUGAUCAGAAAAUCCGUCUGGGAGGAAAGGGGAUUGCCCGUGUCACUGGCUAUGGUUUUGGUGACCACUAUAUCCACGUUAAAAUUAAAGUCCCUAAGUCACUCACUGACAGACAGAGGACUCUUCUAAUGAGCUAUGCUGAGGAUGAGACUGAUGUUGAAGGAACUGUAAAUGGUGUCACUGCAACCUCUACAGGUGGGGGCAGUGCAAAACGUUCUGUCAAUGAAAACAGGCAUGGCGAGAUGGAAGGAGAGUUGAAACAAGAGGGGGGAAUCUUCUCUAAAUUAAAGAAACUGUUUAUGCCUAACUCCUGACAGCCACAAAUCAGGUAAAAGGUCCUUUAACUGACCAUCAGGCAGAGAAUGCAUUCGGUCUGAACGCCUUGAGGGUGCACAGUCCACAAAGAAGAUGAACAGAUCUGUUUGAAUGACGAUCCCUGCAAUAAAACAAGGAGAAACACAUCUGCUCUGCAGUGUAACAGUUAAAUAGACAGAUGUCAGACUUUCUUAAAUGAUUAUGAGCCCGUUUGAAAUGCAAUGUGUCCAUUAAACCACCAGAUUUUAAUUAUAUGAAAACCAUUGUUGCUUUGACCAUUGCUUUGACUCUCUCUCUCUCACCAACUUAUCUGUUGAUAGUCACUGUAAAUAAUGUUGUGAAUUGUCAAUUUACCAAUAAAAUAUACUGUACAUCGA